GGGGUCGGCGUUACCCGGCUUGGAGGGGGAUGGGGGCGCCUGUUGCUUCUCCAGGGGGUUGCGCACGCCGUCCGCCCUUUGGAGGGAUUGGGAGGCCCACGCCCUGCGGCGAGAAGCAUUCUAGCUCCUGAGGUGAUGGCGAGGGAAUGUCCCUGCCCCCCACCUCCAAGUCGGCAGGCGACAGAUGCCCCUCACCCCGCUGAGGAAAAGGGAAGCUCCCUGGUCGUCUGAGAGUCGGGGAGCGCCGUCUGCAGUCCCUGCCCAGUGGGGGUGGGGGCCGCCUCUGUCCCGACCGGCUCGGCGGGAGGCUGUUGCUGGCGGGAAGAUAGCCGCGGGCUUUUCUGCCGCGUCUCGCGGGUGGGGGCAGGAAGAGGACGGCCCACUCCCCGGGGAGAUCUGAGGACGGUGGUUCCCGGGAGAGGAGCGCAAAGCCCAGGCCUGCUGAGGGGCGGGUGUGCCCCUACUGGGGGAGGGGCGGGGAGAAAACCCUCGCUUCUCCCGCUUUCCGCCGGGAGGCGGGAAUUCGCGGUGUCUCCGGGGGAGGGAGAUGCAAAGGGCCUUCCUGGAGGGCGACACCGUCCUGGGCCGUUGCAUUUGUGAGAGAGAGCCAAGGCAGUAUCCUCCAAAGGUUGGGCCUGGGCCAUCCUUUCUCCGGGUCCUCAAGGGCUGGAGGCGGCGUCACCAGUUACUUCUAGGGCAAGAGGGAAAGCAGCACCUCGGAAGGUGGGAGUCAAUCAUUUUGACAAGUCUCCUGAAAGGAACAGCUAGCAGGAACUGAAACCUUUUUCCAUUUGGUCUCGUGGCAAAGGCAGAGACUGCUCCAGCAGCUCCACACAAAAUGAUGUGCUCACGGGUGCCCUCUGAACAGUCUUCUGGUACCGCUCUGUUGCCUAAAGACAGUGCCCCAUUUUCUUGGGGUUCCUUGGAUGAGGAUGGAUUGGAUGACUCCUUGCUGGAGCUGUCAGAGGGAGAAGAAGAUGAUGGUGAUGUAAAUUACACAGAGGAAGAGAUUGAUGCACUGUUGAAGGAAGAUGACCCAUCAUAUGAGCAGUCUUCUGGGGAAGAUGACGGUGGGCAUGUUGAGAAGGGAGAAAGAGGGAGUCAAAUUCUACUUGAUACCCCCCAAGAGAAAAACUCAUCCUACAGCUUGGGACCAGUAGCUGAGACUCCUGACCUCUUCAAACUACCUCAGCUAAGUACAUCAAGUGGUCAUGGACCAACUCCUACUAAACCAUUAAACAGACGCUCUGUACUAGAAAAGAAUCUUAUAAAAGUAACUGUUGCACCAUUUAAUCCAACAGUUUGUGAUUCUUUGCUUGAUAAGGACGAGACUGAUUCAUCCAAAGAUACUGAAAAACUCUCUUCCCUUGGAGAAGAGAUGAGAGAAGAUGGUCUUAGCCCAAGUGAAAGCAAACUUUGUACUGAAUCUGAAGGGGUCAGCCCCAAUAACUCUGCCUGGGAUGGGCCCCAGCUCUCUUCUUCAAACAAUAACUUUCAACAAGCUGUCUCUGAUAAAAAUAUGCCUGACAGUGAGAACCCUACGUCUGUAUUCUCUCGGAUCUCAGACCAUUCAGAGACUCCUUCUAAUAUGGAGUCAUCCUGCAGAAGUGGUGGUUCACACAAGUCAAGUUGUGAGAUGAGAUCUCCAGUUGUUUCCAGCUCAUCGAACAAACAGGAUAUUCUUAACAAGGAUUUUGGGAAGAUAAAAGGCCAUGAGAGAAGACUAGGCAAAGUCAUUCCUGUUCUACAAACCAAGACCAGGACUAAUGUUCCGACGUUUUCACAAUCAAAUCUAGAACAGCAGAAGCAGCUUUAUCUCAGGAGUGUCAUUGCUCAUAUAGAAGACCCAGAGGACACUAACCAAGGUAUCUCCGGGGAGCUUUGUGCCUUGAUGGAUCAAGUUCAUCACAUGCAGCACUCAAAAUGGCAGCAUCCUUCGGACCUCACCACACGAAACUACGCCCGCCGACAGAAACAUCUGCAAAGAUACAGUCUGACUCAGUGGGUUGACAGGAACAUGCGAAGCCACCAUCGGUUCCAGCGUCUCCCAGACUUCUCGUACAGUUAAUUUGUCUCAUCCCAUCAGCAACGAAGGUCCCUAUCCAGGGUCCUACUUGGAGCAGCAUUUCAUGUUCUUUUGCUGUUUUGUGCUUUGCCGAUUUUGAAUUUUAUUUUUCACAGAUUUUUAUUUAAAAAACUUGUCACCUUUUGGAAAUGCCCAUUGCUGACUUGAAUUUUUUUGUAUGAAGUCCCUCCUGAUAUUUUGUGUGUGUGUGUGUGUGUGUGUGUCUGUGUUUAAGCAAAUGUUUGGUUGGUAUAGUUUUUUUGUUUUUUUAAUUUAAAUUGAAGGUAGCUGCCUCCUGAAAGCCAGCAUUAAGCCAGAACACCCAGGCUCAAGCAAAAGACCCACCUCUCUGCAAAGGCAAAGUGGCAAAGUCUACUUCUGAUACCUCAAAGAAAUCAUUGUUCAGUCUCCCAUAAGGAAGAGAUUCUUUACCAGGCUGUGAGCCAGUGUUACAUGACUUGUGAAUGGAUAUAAGUUACUUUUAACAACCCCUCUUACUUUUUUAUUUGAAUCCUCUGAAUACCUGUCAGUAUUUUAAAGUUGGCAAUCCAGGACAUUAUAAGUAGGAUGGAGCAGGAGAAAAAUCCUAUUGAAAGGACAAAUUAAAAUAGUAAAUCCUCUCCUCUCCCUUCUGUAUGUACUAGCUGCCUUGAUUUUUUUUGGCGGGGGGGGUAUUUUUUUCAUUCUUUAUUGAACUUAUUUUGCACAAUAGUGUUUACAAAUCUUAUACCUCUUACUUUGACAGAAGACUUAUAAUACCUUGUGGUUUUGAGACUGGUUGUCUCCUUUGCCUUUCUUCAAGGAUUUUCCUUUUUCUUUUUACCCCACAGUGACCACUCUGCUCGUUAGGAUUCUAGUGGCAGUAUUUUUGUAACCUGUUAGACAUGGAUAUGCCUCUUCACGAUGGCCUUGCUCUCUUUAGAGCUGCCCACCCAGAGUCUUGACUCUAGGGCAGGCUAGUGCUAUUGUGGUAUCAGUUGGUAUUUAGUUUCAUUUGCUGAACCCCAACUUUAAGUAUGAGUGUUAGUUAGGGAGCCUCCAUUCUGUGGGAGAGUGUGGAAAGGCACUCUUUUGUCUCCAUUAUUAGUUAACAAGAGGUGUCUUUAGACCCUAGAUGUUACCAUCUCAUUUGGUCAAGCCCCUGAUACCUAGUUUCACAUAGAUGCUAACGUGGAUGUAAUAUAGUUGUGACUAAGCCUAUGCACAAAAAGCAUUACCUGAUCUUAAGGUUUGGUAUUCUAACCAAAGUUGACAGACUGCAUCUGUCUUAAUGGAUAUCUUAGGAGUUGGUUAUUCUUUUUCUUUUCUUUUUUUUCUUUUUUUUUGAGACGGAGUUUUGCUUUUGUUGCCCAGGCUGGAGUGCAAUGGCGCGAUUUGCACUCACCACAACCUCUGCCUCCUGGGUUCAAGGGAUUCUCCUGUCUUAGCUGGGAUUACAUGCAUGUGCCACCAUGCCUGGCUAAUUUUGUAUUUUUUAGUAGAGACGGGGUUUCUCCAUGUUGGUCAGACUGGUCUCAAACUCCUGACCUCAGGUUAUCCGCCCACCUCGGCCCCUAAAGUGCUAGGAUUACAGGCAUGAACCACCGUACCUGGCUGGUUAUUCUCUACAGAUAGCUGUAGACAUCAUUUUGGGAAGUUUUGCAGUCUGGCAUUUGUGCUGUUGUUCAUUCUCUGUGGAGGUUGUUCAUAGUUGCUGUAGCCUCUGUCUGGUUUUGUGGUUUCAUCAAUCCCAUCUUUCUGUGUGAGUAACGCAUUCUAAACAUCCUACCCCACUUUAGAAACUGACUUGGGGAAAGCUUGGUCAUUUAAGCCAACAAUAAAUUUGGGUGAAUGUCCCUAAGUGUUUACUGUUUUUAUCCAGUCAAGGAUUUGCUUUUCCUUGAACAUUUGGUUUAAAUUCUGGGGCCAAAAUGCAAAGGAGAAGUUCUAUUCAAAGGCAGUUGUCGAAAUCUAUUAUUUUAGUUAGCCUACUUGGCAUUUACUACAUCGGUCACUUCUCCAGGCUGUCCUAAAUUAGGUUGGUGGAGUGAGACAUGCCAAACAUCCACCUUUGGGACCACAGCAUAGUUAAAAUUAAAUGUAGUUGGAAUAGCUAGCAUUGCAGCUGUCUAGUUCCCUACAGAAAACCCAAGGAAUGAAGGGACAGGAUUUUGCUUAGGCAAAAAUCUAAGACUCAUGUUCUUACCCUCCUGGUACAUGUGGUUUUGAGACUGAAUGUGUAAUAGGAGCACUGCCUUUGCCAAAUCAAAUGAGUGACAGGUUAACUAGAAAAUGUGACAAUCACAUUUCCUCUUAGCUCAAAUAAUUCUGUUUUUCCAAAGCUUUAGCAGCUUAAUUAAAUCUGUUGGACUGGGGGAGGAGAGAGCUGUUCUCUAGUGGUUAACAUGGUAUUCUUUAAGAAGAAAAAACAAAGCCAAAGAAAACUCAUUAUCUGGCAUGUUCGCCUUAAAGAUGGUAGUGGGUAGAAUCUGGAGUUUUCAUCUCUUUUCAAAACUGGAUAUCUCUUACAUUUGGUGUUGGCCUCUAAGUCUAAUAUUGCAGUUGGAAUUCUUGCUGUAUUAUUUUUUAAGUAAGUGUUAUGUGCAUUUAACUGCUUUCUUCAUCCAUGAUGACAUUCCCACCAUGGGGGUCUUGACAAAGCAGAGUAAAAAUAUGCCGUUUACAUUGUUUACUUAUAAGUAAGGAGCCUGAAAUAACCUGUAGUUUCUAAUGCAGGCCCUGAUUUACUUGCGUUGUCAGUUUCAAUUAUGAAACUGAAGUUUGGUGCCUCCUCUUUAUCAUGUUUUUUCUCUUGUAGCAGUUGUGUUUAACGUCAUUAAAAAGAAAUAAAA